AUGCCCGUCCUCAGGCGGGCCGUGUCUGAGUCGAGCACCGCUCCUACGUCAACCUCUGCAUCUGCCUCUACUGGAUCUGCGUCCGAGUCUGCUACGCCUUCCGCCUCUUCGUCUGCUGGAUCUGUCUCUACCUCUUCUCUUCCUUCUUCCUCGUCAUCUUCCACGGACUCUUCUUCAGCUUCAACGUCUUCAGCUGCUUCCACCGUAACGUCCGCAGCACCGACCUCGACCGCCUCAGACGCUGCAUCGACCGCGUCAAGUUCAAGCCAGCGGAACGGCGCGUUUAUCAGCGCCUCAUCCUCGACGAGUUCGACGUCGAGUGCACCUGAAUCAACCUCCUCCGCAUCAACAUCGACCGUCCCAAGUUCGGUGUCAACAUCUACGAGCUCCUCGACGACGUCUGCUACCACGACCAGCGAUGUGUCGUCAAUAGCGUCGACCUCCUCCGCGACGAGCAGUGGGAGGACGCAAGCUGGUUUGCAACAGGCGUCAUCAACGUUGACCUCGGCAUCGACAGCUACGAGUACGAGCUCAAGCGCCAGCACGGCCAGUACCAGCAGCUCAAGGGCUUCCACAUCAACGUCAACGUCUAGCUCACAGACGCACGCUCCGACGUCAUUUGCCGCUGCCACGGCCUCGCUGGCGCCGUCCACAACCACCACCCCGGUCACCCUUGCGCUGGCUUCGCCGAGCCAGUCUGCUACCCCGCUCUCCAUCCAAGCCCUAUCCGACACUUCGCCGACAUCCUCGGCGUCGGCCAACCCGUCAAUUGUUCAUAACGCUGCGGGUAUCAGUGCCAGCGCUGCUGCGGGCGCCAGUUCGACAGCGAGCUCGGGCACGAGUGUACCUUCAGCCGGGAACGCCUCGCAACUCUCGGCAACGGGCGUCAACAAACCCCUCGUCGCAGGUGUAACCACCACCCUCGGCGUCCUCCUGCUCUUGCUCGUAGGCGGCGUCUUGCUCGUUCGCCGCCGCGCCCGCUCCCAGACCUCCGCCUGGCGCAUGCACCUCUUCUCCGGUCACGGCAAAUCCCGCUCGUAUGGUACCCAACCCUCAGCCGACUUCGGCCGCGGCACCCCGGGCUCCGCUACAGGCCUGUUCAACCGCGCCGGCUCGCCGUCGAGCGCACGCUCCGGUGCUGCGAGCGUGCUGAGCAACGUCAGCGACAGAGCCAAAGCGCUGAUUGGCGCCGGUAUCUCCGGUAUACGCCGCGCGGGAGCGAGCGCGAGCGGAUACGCGCAUGCGCAUACCCGCACCGCGUCGCUGCCUAUACAGGCGCCAGAGAUGGCUGAGACCGGUCGAGGCGGCGCGUUCGGCUUUGGGCAUGCUGCGAGCGGAAGCAUCUCGAGCAUCACUCGCCAACGAGCGCCUGAGCCUACAUGGGAGAUGAUCGGGCCCUCCGCCUCCAUCCCGUCGGCGCCGGCCCUCCAACCUUCCCCCGCGCGAAGCACUCCCCAGAUCACACCGACCGAAGAUCCCUUCGCCGACCCCGUCUUCGUCCGCCCGCGCCCAACAGCGGUGACAGUCGAAAACCACGACUCGUUCUACGCGUCCGAUCCAUUCGCGGCGCAGCCUACGCCCACGCUGGGCGCUACCGCCGACCCGUUUGCGUCGCCGCGAUUAGGACAGCACGCGGGGAGCGUGGACAGCCAUUACUCUGAGCAGCCGAGUCAGUACUCCCAGUACUCUGAGCGUGAGGGCGGGUUGAGGACCGGAUGGGCGAUGUGA